AUGAGCAUGGUUUUCAACACCUUGAAGAGGAUGGAGUCCAAGAUCGACCAUCUCUCCUCGCAAAACCCUCCGAAGCCUCGCCAGGGGUCUGAAUCAACUCGCAGUGACCUGGGUCGUCCUCUCGUAGAGAGUCCCUACCGCCUAGAAUACGACACGCCCAUCAGAGCCAUAACAUCGCCUCAGGCUCCCAAUGCCGGGCUUGUGGCUCAGUCUCCCUCCCCCAAUCUUCUCUCUUUCAGCGCCCAUCAGACGGUACACUGGCCGGGAGUAGUGGCAACACUUCCGACUAGCCUUGUUUCUGCCGCCCAGAGCCUCGAACCAAGCUAUCCCACGCUCCUCGAAUCUGGACGGCCACAGCUCGAUCCGGUUAUCCCAGCCCAAGCCCGUAUGCCGGGGGCCGACUGGCUGGUCUCACUGAGCUUGUCCUGUGUCAAAGACCUGUCAAAUGCGUAUUUUGAUACCUUCAAUCGCGUGUACCCCUUCAUCGACCGCGACUUCUACUUCCUGAGCACUCUUGCCGUUGUGGUACGUGAGGGCUUCGGGUACGACAUAGAGUCCUGCCUCGUGUUGAAUGUCAUGGCACUGGGAUGUAUGGGUCUUAGGGCCUUUGAAGAAGGAGGAUUUGCUACCUCCAGCCAGGCCCCAUCAUCCCCUGUCAUCCGCGACAUCAUGGACGAAGAAAUCCCCGGGUUGAGCUUCUUUAACGAAGCACGCAAGCGGGUCGGCUUCUGUCUUUGUGAACGGGAUAUCCAGAGCUGCCAAUAUUACUUGGUCUCGGCCGUAUAUUUCGCCCAGCUUAUGCGUCCGGUCGAUCAAUGGAUGAUGACAAACCGAGCCGCAGCUACCUGCACUGCGUUCUUCAAAUGUCCACCGGAGCCUCAUGACGAGUACAUGGCAGACAUGCAAUCAAGGCUUUUCUGGACCGCCCUGGUGCUCGAGACUGUCAUUGUUCAAGAGCUGGAACUGCCUCCCAGCAGACUGAAGGAGUGGGAGGACGUGGUACCUCUUCCCAAGUUCACCGUUUACCCUUAUGCCGAUAAGUCACGUCCGCGCAACUCAGACGACUCGUACUACCAUUAUCAUUUCCUCGCCCAGAUCGCCCACCGGAUCAUCCUGAGUCGAAUUCGGGACGAAUUGUAUUACAGCAACCCUUCGGCAACGCUUGCAGAUGAGCUGCGGCAUCAGCUCGAACAGUGGCGCGACAAUCUUCCACAGGCAAUCCAGUGGACCAGCGAAGGCGAAGAUCAGACAUUCGAUUGUCCCGCCGAUGCAGUUACUAUGACCUUACUCCAAGCUCGGUAUCGAAUUUCGAGAUUCCAUCUCGGUCGGCCCUUUCUGUACAAAGCCAUUCAAAAGCCGAUGUCGGUGAACGAGACUGACUUGAAGAUGUGUACUGAAGCGCUCCAAUUCGCCAUAGACUGGCCUUUGGCCCUGGAUGUCUGUGUGAGGAUGAAGGACUUUAUGCCAUUGAAGUACUUUGCUUCCGGUCAAAUGUUUGGACAAUUGUUUAUAUUCCAUGCUCUGGAUUCUUCUCCCAACCCUCGGGUCCGCGACGCCCUCCCCAUCGGACACAAAGUCUGGUGUACCAAGAUGUUGAGGUUCAUGUCUGAACUGGUCGAAUCCAGCCCGACUGUAUCAAAGGACUUUGAAUUGCUGUCUGCAUUAUAUCAUUCACCCUAG